UGGGGGCCUCCAGCAGCCACUCCUGUCACGUGAAACAAAGGCUCCAGCAGCAGCAGCUCCCACCAGAAUUGAGGUCACCAUCCCAAUCCCCCUGGAUAUGUACCAAGGCUCCAGAGCAUCCGAAGGCAGCGGUGAGCUGUGGGAUCAUCGAGGCAGAGAAGGCAUUGGUGUGGAGCCAGAGCUGGGCCGUGAUGUGCUGGCAGGAGCAGGGGGCACAGGUGACCGUAAAGAGGGACCACCUCCUUUGUGUACCAAAGCCCCAUUAAAAGAAGAUUCCAGUGGGCAGGAGAGGGAUGAGGAUCGUGAUAUUGAUGAAACUUCUGAGCAGGAUUUGCUGUCCCUGGUGGGUCAGCAGGUUUCACCAGGACCUGAAGCAGGCUCGUGUCCGGCAACAGCCAAGGAGACUUUUGAAGAAUGUGAUAAAGAGUCCAAAGAUGUCCCCAGAGACACCCCGAGAGAGGCACCUGUGGCUGAAACUCAGUCACAGAAAGCAGGAGAGGACCAAGAGGAGAAGCAGCAGCCACUGAGGGGUGAAGGAGGUACAGACGUCACCCCAUCAGAGCCUCCUGAAACCAUCUCCCAAAAAGAAGCUGAGCCCAGGGAGGGAGAAGAUUCUGGACCCUUGCUAGAAACAGCCAAACUCCCUUCUGAGUUAAAAGGUGAUGUGGAAGACAAAGCUGCUGAGGUUGUGCCAGACACAGGAGAGUGUCAGACGCCCCAGAAGCAGCCCUGUGCCCUGGCUGCAGACAAAGCCAGCCGUGUCCCUCUCCUCAAAGGUCGUGUUGACAAGGAAGGGACCGAAGCUGAUGAAAAGAAACCCAAGAAAUCCUCACCUUCCACUGCCAAACCCCCAGGGGACAGACCCUCCAUCCCCCCCCACCGACACACCUCCUCUAGCACAGCCCCUUCGAAACCACCCUCCAGCCCUGCUCCUGCCUCUAAGCGAGUCCCUCCUGCCACACCCCGAGCUGCCAGUACAGGAACGCCAGAAAUGAAAGCCAAGGGCCCGGAGAUGAGGGGUGGCACGAAGACGGGCACGCCGCGCUCGGGGCAGGCGCAGAGGAACUCCACCAACGCCACGCGCAUCCCGGCAAAGACCCCCACGGCCCCCAAGACCCCUCCCAGCUCCGGCAGAAAGGAGCAGAAAAAACCACCUCCUGCAGCAGCAAAGACUGAGAAAGGUGAGCAGCCAAAGUCUGGAGACAGAAGCGGUUACAGCAGUCCCGGCUCCCCCGGGACUCCAGGCAGCCGUUCCCGCACCCCCUCUCUGCCCACCCCACCAGCCAGGGAGCCCAAGAAGGUGGCAGUGGUUCGCACCCCACCGAAAUCUCCGGCGUCUGCCAAGACCCGCAUCCAGCCCUCGGCCGCGCCCAUGCCCGACCUGAAAAACGUCAAGUCCAAAAUCGGCUCCACUGAAAACCUGAAGCACCAGCCCGGAGGUGGCAAGGUGCAGAUUAUUAAUAAGAAGCUGGACUUUAGCAGCGUUCAAUCCAAGUGUGGCUCAAAGGAUAAUAUCAAACACAUCCCGGGCGGAGGCAGUGUGCAGAUUGUUAAUAAGAAGUUGGACUUUAGCAACGUUCAAUCAAGGUGUGGCUCAAAGGAUAAUAUCAAACACAUCCCGGGCGGAGGCAGUGUUCAAAUCGUUUACAAGCCAGUCGACCUGAGCCAUGUGACAUCCAAAUGUGGUUCCCUGGGCAACAUCCAUCACAAACCAGGUGGUGGCCAGGUGGAGGUGAAAUCUGAGAAACUGGACUUCAAAGAUAAGGUGCAAUCGAAAAUCGGGUCCUUAGAUAACAUCAGCCACGUCCCUGGAGGAGGGAAUAAAAAGAGAGAGAAAGGCAAGGAAGACAAGACCUGGACCCCGAGCCCAGACCCCGCUGGGCUCCAGGCCCUGGUGCUGGAGCCGCCCACCCUCAUGGAGAGCCAGCUCCCAGCCUUGCACUCGGCUGGGGAGGGCACCAAUUGAGACCCACAAGCUGACCUUCCGCGAGAACGCCAAAGCCAAGACCGACCACGGCGCCGAAAUCGUCUACAAGUCCCCCACCAUCUCCGGAGAUGCCUCCCCGCGCCGCCUUAGCAACGUCUCCUCCACCGGCAGCAUCAACCUGGUGGACUCCCCCCAGCUGGCCACGCUAGCCGACGAGGUGUCCGCCUCGCUGGCCAAGCAGGGCUUGUGAUCGGGGCACGGCGGCGACCAGGAGAGAAGACAAGGAAAGGAAACAAAAAAAAAAAGAAAAAAAAGAAAAGAAACAAAAAUAAUAAUCUGGCCUUCUUCCUCUGUUCCUUUUACAGCUGCUUCCCCGUCCCUAACUGGUUAAUGAUUUAACCUGCUUUUACUGUUCAUUCAGCUCUAGCUCCAGGACUUCAAAAUCAGUGACACUAUGAGGUACAAAACCUCCUCUCCCCCUGCUCCUCGGAGCGCACAGCCCGUCCCUGUCCCCACGCUCCCCCUCAUUCCCUGCCGCGUCCCUCGCUGUCCCAGCCCUGCCCGGGACCACCCGGGGAGGGGGCCCGAGGGGACGGCCCCCGCACGGCGCUGACCCGAGCACCCCACACCGGCACGGGGCAGCAGGUGGCCCUCAGGGAAGGGGCCACCUUCCCACCCUCGUCCCCCUGAGGAUGGCCGGGCUGGCCUGAGGGCCGGGCGCGUCCUGGGUGCACAGCCAGGGACUGCGGGGAGGUGCCCUCCCUCCCUGCGUUAAAUUUGCCUGCUGAUUUGGAAGAAACCUUUUGUUUUUAUCUCCGAAAGCCGAGAUGUGUCUGAAGAUAACGGCCAGGUACCCCCCAACCCCGCUCUCAGCUCCGGCAGCUGGAGUACAGGCGACCCCGGGGUACCCGCUGCGGAGGGGCCCCGACGGCCGUUCCCCCUCCGUGGCUGUGCUGGAACCGCUGAGUGGAUGAGUAGAGGCUUUUCCCCAUUCCUUUGGCAGCCCCUCGUGUCGUAGAGUAGAUUUGUCUGUAUAUGCUUGGACCGUGCCAGGGUGAUUGUUUUCAUAAACGAGCAUGUGUUUAAAAAAAAAAAUAAUAAUAAAUGCUGUAAGUAGUUUUGAGCCGCCCCGCGCCGGCUCCGCCGCAGCCCAGCCGGGGGGGUCCGGGCAGCUCGGCCGGGCUCUGGGUUGUGCCAGCCCCGGGUUGUGCCGGGGCAGCCCGGCACUGCAUGUCUGCCGGGUGGGAGGUGGGCACAGAGCCGCUGCCCCACGCCCCGGGGAGGGCCGGGGGCUGCGUUGGGCUCCCCGGGGCCGGGCACCUCCUCCCAGCCCCCCCGGGGUGUUGGGUGAGGGGCACUCACAGCUCCAGGGCUGGGUUGGCUCCUGGAUUUUGGGUGCAGCUUGUGACAUUUUUGGGUUGUUCUCUUUCUUUCCCUGCAAGGUCAGCUCAGCGAUGGCGGAGGUGGCAGCUCCGUGGCCCUGCUGUGCCGGUGGCAGCCGCAGGAGACCCCCGGGAGGACGCGGGGAAGGCGCGAGGGAGGUGCAGCAGCUCCCCCAGCCUGAGCUCGGGGCCCAGCGGCUGCUCCCUGGCACUGAACCCCCUUUCCGGGCGCUCCCCGGGUUUGAGUUGGCAGCGUGUCACCCCUCCCAGUGUCCCCUCACGCAGCACUGACCGCCCCCGGCACCGCUCAGGGACAGGAGCCGCUUAUUUCUUUUGCUACUUUUGUUCCUGUGGCUCCCUGGGGAGCACGAGGGGGUCCUGUGGCCGUCCCUGCCUGCCCCUUCCCUCUACAACCAAAGAGGCUGAGAUGCCACCAGUGCAGCUCUGUGUGUGUCCUCCCACCCUGUGUCCCCAGAGGCACCAGCCGAGCUCCGGGGGCACAGCUGGCAGAGGUGAGGGCAGAGGGGGCACCAUGUGGGCCCCAGACUGUGCACCCCAAGGACUGUGCUGCAGGGAAAGCCACGCUUUCCCAGCAAGGGCCGGAAUCCUGGUCUGACGGGGCUGGCAGAGGGUCAUGCUGGGGCAUGGGGCCCUGGUUGUCCUUGGGGAGGUGGCUGGGUGCCACCGAGGCUGCCAGAGCAGCUGUUCCUGGGCAGAGCAGCGAUUCCUUCCAGGACAGGACUCACUCCCAUCCUGCAGGAGCUGCAGACCCGCCUUCGUGCGCCCUGUGCCUCGGGGGGCCGCUGGAUGCCCGGCUGGGGCUGGGGGAUGGCUGUUCGGGGGGUUCAACCCUCCUCUCUGCAGCCCCAGGAGCUGCUUUACUGCUGGGGAGAGGCUGGUCCAGCAGCACCACCACGUCCAGCUUGUCUCUCUCCGUUCAGUUGACUCCAUGAUUGUAGCCGUGCUCUGUCCCCGACUCUGUAGCGCUGUAGGAGCCGCCGCGGUUUUUGUCCUCUGUAAAACGAGCAAGUGGGAGAACCCCGAAAGCACCACCCCCUUUAUCCCUUUUGGGCUGCAGGACGGUGUAGCUGAGCUGGCCCACCCUGCCCUGUGCCACCCCAGCCCCUCUGUGCAGCCCCCGAGGGACAGCAGCACCCAGGGACAGGGACGUCCUUCGUGUGCGCCGAGCUCCAGUGAGCAGCCCCUUCCCGCUGCGAGUGUCCUCAGCCCCGUCUGCCGUCCCCCUCCCGGGGGCUGGGGGGGUCCCAGGACAGCCCUUUCCAUCCACCUCGUCGCCCGCUGUCCCCUCCACCAACCCGAGCCACGUCCCCAGCCCUGACCCUGCGUUCAGACCCAGGCCUGAGGGUCCCCGUGAGCAGCCUGACCCCCAGCUUUUCCUUUACUCCACACACAUCUUGGUCUGAAAAGGGUUAAAACCGGCACUGAUUAAAAAAAAAAAUAAAAUUAAAAAAUCCUAUUUCUGCACUCCAAAAAGGAUCUGGUUGUUAGCGAAGGUCGGUGCCAGCCUGUGUGGCGUUGGCAGCUCCGUUGCCCCCGCGCUGCGCCGGGGCAGGGAGGGAAGGUUUGAUCUCAGUGUAUCAUUCUAGCUUAGCUUCUGUCUGUGGGUGUCCAUAGUGUAUCGUGUGUUUAACAACUGGUUUACACUGUUGCCGUAAAAGUGAAUUUGGAAAUAAAGUCAUUACUACGAUAA